GAGAAAGUUUACAAAAUAUUAAAAUGAAAAAAAGUUUCUUCUACUAGCAGUUUCUUCUACUAGCGAGGUGCUUCCGCACCCUAGCGUGCGGAUGGGAGACCAGUGAAAUAAAAGCUCCACCAGGAGAAAAAGUUUUCUCUCCGAGCAGCUGCUGCUACAAGGAGCUUGCUCAUUAACUAAUGUAAGCCAUGCACGUUAUUCACUACUACUAAUAUCAACUUAAAUGCAACGUGCAAUUUGCAAAGAAAAUAUUCACAUUUGAGAGGAGAUUAUUUUAAAAAUAAAUACUUGCAAAAGUGUGUGUGUGUGUGUGUGUUUGUGUGAUGAAGGGUCAUACAGGAUGGAGAUUGAUAUCAAUAAAUUGUAACAACAGCACCAAAGAUAGGAUGAUAAAUGAAGGUUUUAUUUUCUGGUAAGUGUGUAGGUUACAUGAAAUAUAUGUACAUAUGAAAAUACGCAUGUUUCAUUGCAAAAUAUUUGCAAAAUUAAGCUUGGUAUGCUUAGUUCAUUAAUUAUUUUAGAUUUUAGUUAUGAUUUUCAUUAUUAUUUUUUCUUUCUUUUCAAGUUACAUAUUCCGUCUUACUGCAACAUUGUGUCUUACAGCGGAAAGUGACAGUAACUCGACCAAGAGAGAAAAGUUUCUUCCACUAGUAGCUCCAACAAGGAGCUCGCCCACCAACUAAUGCAAGCAUGUUCUUCAGGGUCGUGCAGGAAGGAUGGUGAAAUUUUAACAUUAGCUGCGAAGAUAUUUAAGUUUAAGUAAAUUUUACUUAGUUUAUAUUGAAUAUAGUAAAAAUUGCUCGUUUUUAUUUUCCAGAGGAGCCAUAUCCUUUGGCUCCACGCCGAGAAGCUACAGGUGCUGUGGUGGUAAUAAUUUCAUCAAACGUAGACUUCUUCAACGGUCCAUUAUGGAGUUUUAUAAUCAAGAACUGAGCAACGCGAUCCCCAAGUUCAACUUGAUAUGGAAGUUUCCCAUGGUUGAUUAGCAUAACCCCCAAAGUUCCUUCAAAAUCUUCAUCGACCACGCCCCCCAUGACGUCAAUUUUAUGCCGGAACGCUAACCCAGACCUUGGUUUAAUCAAACCAACAUGGCCCAACGUACAAAUCAUAACCAGCAGAUUGAGGGUGCAACUUUGUUGGAAAUUUACUUUCAAAGGUCUUCCUAAUAAAGUGGACCGUUCUAUAGUCAUCUAGAAGGAAAUCAACUACUACAUUCAAUCCAUAUAAUGAGGAGAUACCAUCAAAACGGGAUACCAAAAAUUGUCAGGUAAAAGAAAGCUUUCUUUGGCUUGGAAAAUCGAAGUCAUAGCUACGUUACAUGAUUUAACAAAUUUUAAUUUUCUUUGGAGUGUUAUAGGCAAGAAGUGAAAAAACUGUGUAUGUCCCAUUAUAUAAUCGUUAUUUGAAAUAAUUAUAAGAUCUUCCGAAUUUUUAUAGACGCCCUGAUUAGAAUCUACUUCCUCUGACCAACCAACUUGUUCAGCUUAAGAGAGGGUAUUGCAAGCUGCAACCAACGAUUGAAAAUAUUUAAACGACAGGUUUGUCCCUGUGGUUUGAUUCUUUCUGAUGCAGACAUAAGCCUGCCCAUUUUUUCUCCAAGUUUGGAGUUUUAGCCAAAACCCCUGACCUAGCUGGCCCUCCCAAUGGACAAUAUUUUGUCCACUAGGAUCGUCACUCCUUUCCCCUUCGGGAGCAAAAUUAAGCGAAAUAGGACCUUUGUAAGAUGAUGAAGGCACAUAUGCUUCAUAUGUGCAUCAUCAUCAGCUCUGGAGCUGAUGAUGAUGAGCUUGCAGGAGGAAUCGUAGUACGAGCAACAGGAACAAGCGCCGUUGAAGGAACAGGAACAGCAGAAGGCGGAACACUCUUGACUCGACCUCUCUUCUCCGCUGGGGACUUUUCUGCAAUUAAUAGAAAUAAAAAUUUAAAGCUUAUGAUUACAACAAAUUUCCCUAUUAACAUUUUAAAAUAAUUAUUGACAUCUUACCCUUUUCAGCCAUCUUCCUCUUGUUAGCGGCGGCAGCAGCCUUGACUGUCUUCUCUUCAGGACCAGUGUAGAACAAGCUUAACGGGUUUCGACGAGCGGCAUCUAGCUCCUUCUUGGAAGCAGCGUCAACCUUCUUCGCAUCAGCUGCAUUCUCCCUUGCUUCCCGUCGUCGUUUCUGCUCCGUUCUUUGCGCUUUGACUUAGGCACUGCAUGCAAAUCAUCCACGAGGAACAAAAUCAGGAUCCUCCUCUGGCUCAGACGGAGAAUCCUCGUCCUCUUCGUCUUCAUCCUCCUCCUCAUCAGUGAAAGGUCCGCUUGGUUCCUCCUCAUCAUCGUCUACGACGAAUCCAGCGUCAAAGACUUCAGGUUGUCGACGGUGAGAAAGAAGAAAAGCUCGUGCGUCCUCAGACUCUCGACUUCCUGGCUUAGCCUCCUCUAAGAUUUUCCGUGAUCUUGCCACUGCGUUUAUCCCUGCUAAAAUUUACGAAAACUUACCGAGACAUUUUGGAGUUUUUAAAGUUUUUAUUUCUUCUUUGGAAAUCCUUUGCACGUAAUGUUGAAACAUUGACUAACUUGCUCAUUAUUUUGCCAAUUGUUUUUAUAGUCUUAGUAAUUUACAAAAAAAAAAUUCCAAAAUAAGUACAUACCGUAAAAAUGUAAUAACUCCCUAGGGGUUACUAAUUCAAUUAUUUACAAAAUACGGUUAAUAGUGGUAAGUGGUAAUUAAUAUUUUUUACAGUAUUGGAGUUGAAGUGAUGGUAUGUUUUAUUAUAUGUAAACACAUUCCUGGUAUUAAGAUAUUGACGUCACGCCGAGAUAUAAAAAAAGAUGUUGUUAUACAUAUUUUCUCACAAGCAUUUUUUAGAAUACACACUUCUUGACUUUGAUUUUGGAAAUUUUGUGUAUGAGUACUUCAUUCGGAGCAACCUAAUAAUAGUUGAGAGAUUUACAUCACAAAGAAAAUGGCUCCUCGUAUUAAGACGACAACAUUCCAAUGCUUGAAAUGUUUUAGGAGAUUCUUAAAUCGUCAGCAUUUUGCGUCACAUUUACUAAGGCACCGAGAUGAAAACAAGAGAAAAUUGUGUCAAUAUUGUACCAUGUCAUUCAGGUCGUCUAAAUUGUUAGAAGUACAUAUGAAUACUUAUCAUAGAUGUGAAUAUUGUGACUUCUCAGCCAACAUUUUUGAUCUAGAGCACAAUGAAGCUCAUAAAAGAGGAGUUAUAAAAUCCAUGAAAUUUGAUCAAAGAGGAAGAGGGCUACGACUGAAUGCUUUCCCUUUCUCUGAAAUUGAAGCCUUUCAAGGCUUUAUGAAAACUUACAGAUUUAGAAAUACACAUGAGGAUAAUAAUAUUAUUUCUGUUAGAGAUUUUUUUAAUAGAUUUAAGUUUAAAAUUAAUCAGAUUCUAUUUCACAAUGUUUCAAUUUAUAAUAGCAUUAAGUUUCAAAUAACGCUUUUGUGUAAAUUUAAACGUAUUCAUCCAAGCGUGGAUGAAGAAGAGGUAGAAUUCAUGGAAACAACAGAACAAUAUUUUAAUUCUUCUCUUAAAAUUAUCCUCAGUCCCCUCUACAUUAAUAGAAUCUUUUGUGACAUGGUUAAUGAAAUCGAUAAUAAUGUGGAAAUCUUCGAACGAAAUGGCAGUGGUUGGAUAUUAGAUGAAGUGAAAGGCUGUGAUAUACAAACAGCUCAGUUUGAAAUAUUAAAGGGUGGAUGUUCGUGCAUCAUUCCCAGCCAUCUGAAAAAUAAGAAUGCCAUUGUGAAUCCCGAUAAUAAGGAAAAUGAUUGCUUUGUUUCAGCUUUUCUGAUCUGCAUGCACGGAGAUUCAGUAGAUAACAGGCAUCGUGGAAGAAUAUCUCAAUAUGAAAAAUUUAAAACUCACUACGAUUUCUCUCCGAUUUAAAGUUUCCAACAUCGUUGAAAGAUAUCAUAGCAUUCGAAAAGCGGCACAAACAUAUUAAAAUUGGUAUUAAUGUGUUUGGUAUUGAUCAAGAAGAGCAGCUUAACGUUUUACGCCUAACACCUUAUGCAAAUAGCAGAACGCAUAAAAUCGUAAACAUUCUAUACAUUCAGGAUGCUUUUAAGCAACAUGGGCAUUACAUGUCUAUCCUGAAUUUUUCUCGCCUAAUCAACAGACAGGGACAUCAUCGAAAAUUUGUUUGCUACAAUUGUUUGAAUACUUUCGGAGAUGAAAAGCGUCUUGAUUCACAUCAGCAGUUGUGUUUUGAGUUUAAAACUCAAAAGGUUUCUGUUCCUUCAGUCGUUGAUGGAAAAAUUCCAUUCUGCUCUUUUGAGAGUAAAAAACUUAGUAAUAAACUAAAGUGUAACUUUGUGAUGUAUGGAGAUUUUGAAGCAAUGCUCACAGACGAUAAUACCAGUACGACCUCAAUAGAUAAACACAAAAUUUCAGGAUAUAAUCUUGCAGUAAUUGGCCCAAAUAAGAAACUGGUUCAUAUAUCGAAAUAUCGUGGUCCAAAUAGCAUUGACAAAUUUAUAGAUGAAGUGAAUCUACAAGCUAGCUUUUGCAUACAAAGGAACAAAAUCCAUAUCGCUAUGAAACAACUUUCUCUAGAGGAAGAAUAUGAUUUUUCUAUGGCAGAUUCCUGCCACAUUUGUGAGCAUGAUUUUGAUCACCAAUCUAUAAAAGUUCGAGAUCAUGAUCACAAUACUGGAUUAUUUAGAGGAGCUGCUCAUAGAGAAUGUAAUGCUUCGUAUAUUCAAAAAGUCAAAAUCCCUGUACUUAUGCAUAAUUUUAGAAAUUAUGACUCUCACCUGCUGUUAAGUUCAGCAACGAAAUUUGGUUCUGGGAAUACGUUCGUUAUCCCUCAAAACUCUGAAAAAUUUAUAGGCAUUAUUUGUGAUAAGUUCAUGUUCAUAGAUUCUUUCAUGCAUCUUCCCAAAUCUUUAGAUACUCUUGUAACAAACCUUCAUGCAAAACCCGAAGGCUUUGAUGACAAGUUUGGUAUAAUGAUACAACAUUUUUCAAAAGAACGGGCUGUAAAACUCUCAAGGAAAGGUGUCUAUCCAUAUUUUGAGUUUUAUAACACCCUCACUUGUGAAGGGAUUUCACAAGAGGAUUAUGAUUUUGGUAAGUCAGUGUUUGAAUCCGAAUGCACUGACCUGGGUUCGUACCACGACAUAUAUUUAACAACAGAUGUACUUCUGUUGGCAUGCGUUUUUGAAAGCUACAGGGAUAUGGCAAUUUCUAACUUUAAGCUUGACCCUUGUCACUAUUUUAGUCUCCCAGGCUUCAGCUGGGAUGCUGCUCUUCUGAGUACAAAAGUUAAGCUAGAACUUGUUACUGAUCAAGACAUGUACAAUACUAUAGAGUCUGGCAUUAGAGGAGGAGUAUCUAUGAUAUCUCAUAGAUAUUCUGAAGCUUACAACAAGUAUAUGGAAGAUUAUGAAGAAGGAGUCAAGGAAGACUCUUUUCUUCUUUAUAUUGAUAAAAACAACUUGUACGGUGAGGCGCUUCAGCAGCCUUUGCCUGUUUCUGAUUUUCAAUGGGAAAGUCAAGAGUUCAUUGAUAAUUUAAGUAUAGAUGAUAUUUUGGCAUGGGGUGAUGAGGAUGAAAUCGGUAGAAUUUUGGUUGUCAAUUUAGAAUAUCCCUGUGAGCUCCACCUGUUGAGCGAGCACAACGAAUAUUCACUAGCUCCGGAGAAAAUUACAAUUUCCAUGAAUCAACUCUCGAAGCAUCAGCGGGAGCUUUUAACUUCCUAUAACAUUAAAUAUUCAGAAAAGCAGAAAAAAUUAGUUCCUCAUUUAGGAUCUAGAAAAAUGUAUCCAGUGCAUUAUAGAAAUCUCAAAUAUUAUUUGGAGAAGGGAAUGGUAUUAACAAAGAUUCAUAAGAUAAUUAAAUUUGUUCAAAGGCCCUGGCUUAAAGAUUUUGUAAACCUUUGUUGUGAUUUACGACGAAAAGCUACAAACAAAUCUGAGCAAGACUUUUUCAAGCUAAUAGUUAACGCAAUUUUUGGACGUAGCAUGAUGAAUGUUAGGAAUCAGCAAAAUGUAUAUAUAGUUAAUAGUAUUGAAACAGCAAAAUACUAUUCCAGGCUUUCGAACUUCAGAAAAUUUGAGAUUCUUUCUCCAAACUUGGUACUUGUUUUCAUGAGUAAACCUAGUAUUGUAUUGGAUAAGCCAAUAUAUACAGCGUUUUCGGUUUUAGAUCUCAGCAAGUUGUUUAUGCAGGUUUGGCAUUAUGACAAGAUCAAAAAAUGGUAUGGAAUUAAAGCCAGGUUCCUUUUUACAGAUACGGACAGCUUAGCCUAUCAAAUUAAACCCGCUGAUCUUUAUGCUGAUUUAAGACUGGUGAAAAAUGAUUUUGACUUUAGUGAUUUUGACCACACUCAUCCACUUUAUUCUACAGAAAAUAAAAAAGUGAUUGGUAAAAUGAAGGACGAGAGUAACGGAAAAAUCAUGUAUAGUUUUGUGGGUGUUUCUCCAAAAAUGUAUUCCUUUGCAGGUAAGAAUAUCCAUAAGAUUGCUAUGAAAGGAGUCAAACAAUCUUUAGUACGAAAACAUGUAACUCAUAAAGCUUUUAUGGAGACUUUGUUUGAGCAAACAAAAUAUAUGUGCAGAAUGAAUUUGAUUCGUUCAAAGAAUCAUAAACUAACAACUGCAAAUUAUACAAAAGUAGCUUUGCAUAGUUUUGAUUCGAAACGUUUUAUUUUACCCGAUGGAAUUAGUACACUUGCUCACAAUCAUUUUUUGAUUCCUACGUACAACAAGUAAAAUAUUUAAAAUUAACAAGUACCAAUUAUUUAUUUAGUGAAUUAUUGUACAGUUUAAACAUAACAAUAAAAUGAUUACAAUUACAAAUAUAUAAAUAAUAAAUAAAACAUGUACAGUUUAAGGUUUGAAAACUUUUGUUAUUCCCUUAAUUUGGCAUCUACAAAUAGGACAUAGGUCUUGGGUAGUAGAGCAUGGAAAGCAGGAGCAAAUGUGACAACAUGGAGUGAACAUGUAAUUAGCUUCUUCGAGUUUACACACCGAACACAGAAAUGUUUCCAUCAGGCUAUGAAGGAGUGUAAGAGUAGCAUUUUCUUGAUUUUCACCAUUCUCAUCCUUUGACGAAUUUAUUUGUUUGCAUAGACUCUGUAAUAAAAAAAUAAUAAAACAAUAAAAUAAUUAUUUUGAUAAAACUGAAAAUAUAUAAAAGCAUUACAAAAUUACAUUAUAUUUUUGGUAAGUAUAACUUUGGUCUAAAUCCUUCGAUAAAAUAGUCUGCAAUUUAGGUUUGUGCAAAGAGAGGAAUGGACAGUCACUUGAAUGAAUAGAGUGUUCAAUCCAGGGAUCAUCACUUGGCAGCCAAUUAUGGAUUAUUAUUCCACAAUAAUAACAAGAAAGCUGAUCUCCAUAUCCAGUAGAGUAAAAUCCUGCUUCACUAAAAUUUUUGGGAUUUUGCUUACAUUUUCCGGUCCAGUUUUUGAAUGUUGCUAAACGAUCACUAUUUAGACACAUAUCUUUGUUAUCAAUAUCGUAUGGUUUAUAGACCAGAGUUGGAAAAGUUUCAUCUUGGAGAACCAUGUUUAGUAUUUAAAAUAAAUACGGAAAACCUUAUCUGAUUAGAACUGAAUCGCAUGAGCUCUGACACUACAAUGAACAUAUCACUAAUAUGUCGUACUACUUUAGCAUAGUUUAUUAAAUUAUUAAAACAAUUUUUUUACACAAACCAGACCUCAAAGUUAAGAAGGAAUUUUUUGUUGUUGUUGUUGUUCAAAAACGAAUACCUCAGUCAAAAGCCAUUCUAUCAUGUGGGAAACCAUAUGAAGUCUUCUGUCUUGAUGUAACGUCCUUAGUGUUGCGAGGUCUUUGGGGAAUUCCCGUUGGAGUACGAUAUGGGUCAAAGGUUUUAUUCAGAGCAUCAUUUUGGUUUAACAGUUCCCAUGCACUGAAGCUCGACAGCUUAUGAGCACUGAGCGUAGCUGUUUGUUUUAGAGGAAUAGAAUCUAAGGUACCCAUAAGAUCAUUUCUCACUACAGUUGAAAAUAGAGCGGCAGGGACAUUUAACAUUUUACACACUCUCAGGAAUCUGUUGAUUCCGUUUGGGGAUGUGGUCCAUUUCAAAUCUCUAAUGGAGUAACUCAUUAAAUCCGAAAUGUUAGAGUCAGGUUCAAACUCACUUCCCCAGAAAGUUACUCGUCCUGAUUUAUCCCAUUUUAUCAUUUCAGGAUGACACUUUAAAAACCCGAGCAAAUUGUGAGCUUUAUUCAUUUGAGUGGUAGGAAAUUCUUUCAGCAUUUUUAUAUCUGAUUCAGAUAACGUGAAUUUUUCAGGGGAACCAACUGGAGUAGACUCUGUGCUAGAAGGAG